CACGCUUUACGCACCACGGGCAUCUUCUGCUGCGCACACGCAGGACGGCCGCCCCACGCCACGCGCAUCGAACAGCGAAGGGGAUGCAACAAUUGAAGCGUCGUGCGUGCAUUUAACUGAAACUCUCCCACGGACCCGCGGCGUGGACGUUACACGCUCGGUGCCGCGCUUUUACGAACGCGCCUUCAUCUGCUGUUCGUGUGCACCGGGGAGGAGGGGGGGGGGGGGCGGUGGAGUGGUGCGUGGGGCGUCAAUCACGUGGCAACAUCCAGCUCGCCUCUAUGCAACGUGACCCCCCCCCACUCUCUAACAAAAAAAACAAAAAAAAAAACACGGGAUUCACGACAGGAAGUUGGAGACUUUUCCUGCGCCACUUUGGUCCUCCUCCCCUGCCAAGUGCCUCGGCGAAUUCCUCCAGGAUACUACCCUUUCACAAUAAGACGCGCCCGGCUUUUAUUCUUCAAGUGGGUCAUCUCCUGCGCGGACGCGUGCGGCACACACAGGAGUUCACCGUCGGGCUGCUGGACACAUAUACCAGAACCCCGCCCGGGGGGGAAACGGCCGUGAUUAAAACCGGUGAUUGUGGCGGCGAGUGGACGGAAGGAAUCGAAGGCAGAAGAAAAACACUGCUUAUCUUUCACCUCUGUUCUUGGCCCCAUGAAAGAUCUGCGCAGGUUGAAAAAAGCCAGACGUUGGUUGAGAUGAUGGAGUGAGAGAGGAAGUGGAGACAUGAGAGGACGCUGUUCGUGCGCCAGCUGCCUGGAGAGCAAUUAACCCCGCGGCCAGCGUCGGCCGAGGACCGGCUUCUAUUUUGUGACGGGUUUCGCGCCAUCAUGUUUCAGAGCUCGCCUCGCCGGGCUCUUCUCCUGCUGCUGCUCCUCCACUGCUCCCUCGAGGCCUUACAGGCUGCCAAAGCCAAAGGGCCGGGCCACACGCACCUCAACUCCAUCCGCAUCGACGGCGACAUAUCCCUGGGCGGACUCUUCCCAGUGCACGCCAGGGGCCACGACGGCAAGCCCUGCGGUGAGCUGAAGAAGGAGAAGGGCAUCCACCGCCUGGAGGCCAUGCUCUUCGCCCUGGACCGCAUCAACAACGACAACAACCUGCUGCCCAACAUCACGCUGGGGGCCCGGAUCCUGGACACCUGCUCCCGGGACACCCACGCCCUGGAGCAGUCGCUCACCUUCGUGCAGGCGCUGAUUGAAAAGGACGGCACCGACGUCAAGUGUUUGGGCGGUGGGGCGCCCAUCAUCACCAAACCGGAGCGGGUGGUUGGGGUGAUUGGAGCUUCUUCCAGCUCCGUGUCCAUCAUGGUUGCAAACAUACUCCGGCUGUUCAAGAUCCCGCAGGUGAGCUACGCCUCCACGGCUCCGGAGCUCAGCGACAACACCCGCUACGACUUCUUCUCCCGGGUGGUGCCCCCGGACACGUACCAGGCCCAGGCCAUGGUGGACAUCGUCAAAGCCAUGAGGUGGAACUACGUGUCUACCGUGGCCUCGGAGGGCAACUACGGCGAGAGCGGUGUGGACGCCUUCAUCCAGAAGUCCCGCGAGGACGGGAGUGUGUGCAUCUCGCAAUCAGUGAAGAUCCCCCGCGAGCCCAAGCAGGGCGAGUUUGACAAGGUGAUCCGACGACUCCGCGAAAACCCCAACGCAAGAGUGGUCAUCAUUUUCGCCAAUGAGGACGACAUCAGGCGGCUGCUGGACGCGGCUAAGAAGGCCAACCAGACCGGUCAUUUCAUCUGGGUGGGUUCGGACAGCUGGGGCUCGAAGAUCUCACCCGUUCUGCACCAGGAGGAGAUGGCGGAAGGGGCGGUCACCAUCCUGCCCAAGCGCCUGUCCAUCAAAGGUUUUGACCGUUACUUCAUCAGUCGGACGCUGGAGAACAACCGGCGGAACAUCUGGUUUGCGGAGUUCUGGGAGAACAACUUCAGCUGCAAACUUAGCCGUCACGCCUUGAAGAAAGGCUCCGGACUCAAGAAGUGCACAAAUCAGGAGCGUAUCAGCAAGGAUUCAAACUACGAGCAAGAGGGCAAAGUGCAGUUUGUCAUCGACGCCGUCUACGCCAUGGCUCACGCGCUGCACAACAUGCACCAGGAGCUCUGCCCGGGCAAGGUGGGCCUGUGCGGCAAGAUGGACCCCAUCAACGGCACGCACCUGCUCAAGCACAUCCGCCGCCUCAACUUUAAAGGUAUUGCAGGAAACCCGGUGCUCUUCAACGAAAACGGCGAUGCCCCUGGUCGGUACGAGAUCUACCAGUACCAGAUCCAGAACCAAACGGCGGAAUACAAAAUCAUUGGUCACUGGACGGAUCAACUUCAUCUAAAUGUCCGUUCUAUGCAGUGGCCCGGCGAAGUCCGCCAGAUCCCUUCCUCGAUCUGCAGCCAGCCCUGUCGUGCCGGCGAGCGCAAGAAGACUGUCAAGGGCAUCCCUUGCUGCUGGCACUGCGAGCGCUGCGACGGCUAUCAGUACCAGGCAGACACCUUCUCCUGCAAGAUGUGCCGCUUCGACCUGCGGCCCAACCAGAACCACACAGGCUGCGUCCCCAUCCCCAUCGUCAAGCUGGAGUGGAGCUCUCCGUGGGCAGUGAUCCCUGUGCUCAUUGCGGUGGUAGGCAUCAUGGCCACCCUCUUCGUUGUGGUCACCUUCCUCCGCUACAACGACACACCUAUCGUGAAGGCGUCGGGGCGGGAGCUCAGCUACGUGCUGCUGACGGGGAUCUUUCUCUGCUACGCCACCACCUUCCUGAUGAUCUCCACCCCUGAUGUGGGGAUCUGCUCCCUGAGGCGGAUCUUUCUGGGCUUGGGUAUGAGCAUCAGCUACGCUGCCCUGCUCACCAAGACCAACCGCAUUUACCGCAUCUUUGACCAGGGCACCAUGUCUUUGAGCGCACCUCGGUUCAUCUCCCCCGCAUCGCAGCUCAUCAUCACGUUCACCUUGGCCUCGGUGCAGCUGCUGGGCGUGUGCAUCUGGUUUGGCUUGGACCCCUCAAAGGCUAUCAUCGAUUACGAGGAUCAGAGGACCUCUAAUCCGUCCAUGGCCCGUGGCGUGCUCAAGUGCGACAUCUCUGACCUCUCCCUCAUCUGCCUGCUGGGCUAUAGCAUGCUGUUAAUGGUCACCUGUACGGUCUACGCCAUAAAAACCAGAGGCGUACCAGAGACCUUCAAUGAGGCCAAACCUAUUGGUUUUACCAUGUACACCACCUGCAUCAUCUGGCUCGCCUUCAUCCCCAUCUUCUUCGGCACUUCGCAGUCAACAGAAAAGGGUGAGAGCCUCUCCAAGAUUUCCAUGAUGUACAUCCAGACCACCACGCUGACCAUCUCGGUCAGCCUGAGCGCCUCCGUGUCCCUGGGCCUGCUCUACAUGCCCAAGGUCUACGUGGUGCUCUUCCACCCGGAGCAGAACGUGCUCAAGCGCACGCGCAGCCUGAAGGCCGUGGUCACCGCCGCCACCAUGUCCAACAAGUUCAGCCCCAAGGCCGGACUCAGACCCAACGGAGAGGCCAAGACCGAACUGUGCGAAAGCUUGGAGACACAAAGUUUCUCCACCAAGCAGACGUACAUCAGCUACAGCAACCAUGCCAUCUAACGAACACCUUAUUAAUUAUCUUUACUUCAGGAUUUCUGCCUGAUCCACUUCAGGAGUGAGACACAAAAAAAAAAAAAAAUGCCAAAAAUGAACGUGGGAAUGUUCUCCAAACGCGGCGAGGAAAAACCACUGGGAUGCACUCCAAGGGGACGCAGAAAGGCUUGUUAGGAAUGGUCCUCUAGAGGAAAAAAAACACUGCAUGACAGGGGAGGUUUUUGUUUUUUCGUGUGUCAUGUGUAUCAGAGAUCUGACAUACGUGGAGGUGUCGUCUAUGUCGUCUUUUGCAACGCCAACACCCGAGAAGUCCACACCAAAAAGACUUCAGUGGGUGGUAGAAAACUAAACAAAAAAAGAUGGCUCCCUGUGUCUUGAACAAGUCUAUGAUCGACCGGCUUGGGUUUGUUUCUAGACUGCCGGUCGGAUGCUACAUUUUUUGUGCAUGUUCACGUGUUGUUGUUGUUGUUGACAAAACAAACGAAAACAAAAAAAGAAAGAAAAAUAUCUAUAUUUGGAAUGCAUUUUACCUGUUUGGGCCUCUUUUGCGUUUCUUUGAAUGGUGACGAUUUAGUGACGUGUUACCACCCAACUUCCCAACUCCCCAAAGAGGGCGCCACUGCCAUCCUUCAUCCCCCACCGUGGCCUGGAUGCUGAGCCCCCCAGCCCCCUGCCAGCAGCCAUUCCCCCCUACACACCCCGGAGGAUUUAAGAGGACAUUCGCCCUUGGUAGCCAUUCCCCCUGAAGGUGAUAUCUAUAUAUCCAUCAUCCCUAAGAGCGGUCAUUACUCCGGGCGGGCUCCGUGUCCUUCCCCGGCGUGAUAAGGGUAAGGCUUUUUAAGAUAUAUUUACAAAAUCCCAAAACCAGAGCUCGUGUAAAUGGUAAAUAAUCCUGUUCAAUUUAUAUGCAAUUGAAUAGACUGCAAAUUAAAGACAAUUAUCAUUGGAACUGGAAAACCUUGUUAUUUUUUGCAAAUAUUAGCUCAUUUGGAAUUGAGUGCCUGCAACAAGUUGCAAAAAGACAGGCACAAGUGGCAAAAAAGACUGAGAAAGUUAAGGAAUGCCCAUCAAACACUUAUUUGGCUUACGGCUAUACUACCCUGAGCACGCCCAAUUCAGUCAGAUAUCGGAAGCUAGGCCGGGUCGAGCCUGGUUAGUACUUGGAUGGGAGACCGCCUUGUAAUACCAGGCGCUGUAAGCUCACCUGCUCAGUGGCCUAGUGGAUUGGUAGGUCGUGAGUUCAAACCCCGGGAGAGUCAUACCAUGGACUAUAAAAAUGGGAACCAUUACCUCCCUGCUUGGCACUCAGCAUCAAGGGUUGGAAUUGGGGGUUAAAUCACCAAAAAAUGAUUCCUGGGCGUGGCGAUUGCUGCUGCUCACUGCUCCCCUCACCUCCCAGGUGUGAGAAACUCAUUGGUACUUUUUAACUAAUUGGGAACAGGAAAUGAGAUGCUCAGUCAUUCACAAACACGGACGGGGCAAAGGGUACCACUUUGUCAACAAAUGCUUGAGCAAAUUGUUUAAGAACAACAUUUCUCAAACAGCUAUUGCAAGGAAUUUAGGGAUUUCACCAUCUACGCUCCGUAAUAUCAUCAAAAGGUUCAGAGAAUCUGAGAGAAAUCUCUGCACAUAAGCGGCAAAGCCAAUAACCAACAUUGAAUGCCCAUAGCCUUCGAUCCCUCAGGCAGUACUGCAUCAAAAACCGACGUCGGUGUGUAAAGGAUAUCACCACACAAGAUCAGGAACGCUUCAGAAAACCACUCUCGGUAAUUACAGUUGGUCACUACGUCUGUAAGUUUUCAGGUUCAAACACUGAUGAGAUUUAUUAAACAGACAAGAAGCAAGGAACCAUGCAGAGACAGAGUUCAAUUUCGCCCAUGAGGAGAACGCAUGGAUAUGCACACUUAGUCACAGUCUCGCCCUAUGCUCAAAGGUACAGCUCCCGCAUCCCUCUAUUUAUUCAGGAGUUCCCCAGUCCACAUCACUGAGGCCGCCUCUAAAAGGAGUGGUCACAUAUAUCAUGCAAAUCAGGUUCAGUACACACAAUACGCGACGUAAUGUGCUGGGGGCCUUGUGAUUUUGCCUUGUCUCUGCUUCGUCUGCGCGAUGUCGUCUUAUCUGCGUUGAGGUCCUUAAAUCCUUGGCUGUUAGCGGGCUAAAACAAAGAUAACAUCUGCGGCUGAGGCCACCCCUCAGACAAGAAGUUUCGUCCUUGCAUAGAUACAAAAGUCUAUCGUGAGCACAUUAGUUAAUAACUAUGGCAACAGACUUUAAGCAUACUAAAGUUGUGUGAUAACGUCAACAUGAUUAUUCUAACAUAAGUACAAGUUAAAACUCUACUGUCAAAGCCAAAGCCAUUUAUCAACAACACCCGGAAACGCCCCCGGCUUCACUGGGGCCUGAGCUAAUCUAGGAUGAACUGAUGCAAAGUGGAAAGUGUUUUGUGGUCUGACAAGUCCACAUUUCUGAUUGUUUUUGGAAACUGUGGAACAACGAGGAAAAUAACUAUUUGGACUGUUCGAGGCAAAAAGUGUAAAAGGCAUGGUAUGGUAUGGUACUAGACUGGCCUUCCGGUAGUCCAGACCUGUCUCCCAUUGAAAAUGGGAAUGCUAAACUGAGAAAGGAGACUGUUGAACCAACGAGUUGAAAAGGAUUUGCAUAUCAUUGUAUUCUCUUUUUAUUUACCAUUUACACAAUGUGACAACUUAACUGCUUUUUGGGGUUUUGUACAUACAGUCUCUGGGUGAAGACUUGCUGACUUCACAUUUCCUUCAAAGCCGUGACAUGUGUCUGGGGAGCCAUUUUUGUUUCGUGAGUUCAACGCCGCUUACUUCUGUGUGGGAGGGUCGGGUGUGCUGACUAAAUUGCGUGUGAUUCAAUAGAUUGGUGACGUCCGCUUUUCUGUCCCCACAUACUCCAAAAAGAAGAUGUACACAACGUUAACAGUGCCUGGCUUAUCAGAUUUACGUCUUUGUAAAAAGAAAUCAAACAAACAAAAAAAAUCUUACAAAGUGUGUGAAGCAUGUUUAUUUUUUUUUAUACCAAAUUUAAUUUCUAUUAAAAUGUUUCCAAACUCUCAA